AUGGUCAAGAACUUGGUGCUAUGUUUUGAGGGCACUUCCGAGGGGUUUGGUAUUCCGCCGCCGUCCAAUGUGAUCAAGCUUUUCUCGAUGUUGGACAAGUCCAGCCAGAUCUGCUACUACCAGCCAGGUAUAGGGACCACGUUUGGCGGAGCUGUUCCCGAUAUCGAGUCCCGAGGUGCCUUCCAUCAUCAUCUUGAUCUGGCGAAAAACACGGUAGAUGCUGCUUUUGCGCUUUCCUUCGACUCUCAUGUCCAGGCAGCCUACCUCUUUCUCAUGCGGUUCUGGGAGCCAGGUGCCCAAACGUACAUUUUCGGGUUUUCUCGAGGCGGCUACGCUGCAAGGGUGCUCACUGGCUUUUUGGAGUGUUUUGGGUUGUUUCAUCCUGGCCUGGAGGAGUUGGUACCUAUGGCCUGGAAGGUGUAUCGUGAGUGGGAGAAGGCUGGAAGGCCUAAACGUGAUCCUAACUCGCUGUUUCUGCUCCAGCUCCAACGUAUGUUUGGCAGGGAUAUAAGAAUUCACUUUUUGGGUGUUUGGGAUACGGUGAACCUGGUUGGCAUUCUAACAGACCGCAUGUUCCCGUUCACUAUUUGCACUGCUAUUGUGGACCAUGUGCGCCAUGCACAGAGCAUUGAUGAACGCCGUGCCCGGUUCAAGCAUCUUUCUUUUGAAAAUGAGGUAGGAGAGUGUGGCAGUGCCCGACCCACAGUAUGGGGCAGGCUCCUUGGGUGGUUGCAAUCACGCUCUGGACAGAUACCUGUGGAAUGCUCAGAUAACAUAUUGGAAGUGUGGUUUCCGGGUUCCCAUGGCGAUCUUGGUGCUAGUGCGGGAUUUGAUGAACAUGGAAAGCGACUUUCAGAGGUCCCCUUUCGUUGGAUGGUUGCAGAAGCAUGCAAGUAUGGCCUCAAGCUUGACCAGAAUAGUGUGCGAGCAUACUGGGAGACUAACAAGCCGAACGACUCCAUCUUGCUGUACCAUCAUGACCGCCUUUCGUUCAAGAAACCAAUUCUACCGAGCGAGAAGAAUAUCAAUACCUUCGAGGGGAAUCUCGAUCGUUUCAACGGACGAGGCAAUUCUUCCCUUCUCAACACCAUAGGCUGGUGGAUCGUGGAGCUCAUACCUUUCAGCACCAGGCUACCAGACGAACGAGGCCGGUGGUCCUCACGAUUUGCACCCAACUUAGGUCAAGGAAGAAUUCUUCCAAAAAGUGCCCGUUUGCACUGGACGGUAUUUUUCAGGCUUUCGGUAGUGAGCGACUACAAUCCAGACAACCUUCCUGCUGAACUUGGCAAGGCGUUUGUGGAGCUGCUCCGGCGAGCCGAGGCGAGUAUUCCGGAAGAGAAGUUUCUGGAGUUGGAGAGUUUUACCUUGGAUGAUAUUCGAGAAAGCAAUCUCGAUCACAUCUGGCAGCAAGUGCCUGAUGAACUAGCUACAGCAGAGCCAUAA